CCUUAUUCGACAAUCUUUACAUCUCGUUUUUCUUUCUUUCAUCGACCUACAACAACCCGGGUCUUCGGCUUUGAUAGUCACCCACCAAAACAUACAGAAUCAUAAUAAUGAAGACGACUUUCGCGUCCUACAUCUUCACCCUCACCCUCCUCUCCCUCACCACCGAAGCAGCAACCCCCCGAGGCCGCCACACCUCCCACCACCCCUCCCUCCGCCGACGACAGCUCAUCGAUGAACCCCUCAACGCCACCACUUCCUCCCCACCCGGUGACAGCAUCUUAUCGACGGUGGACGAGGCAUUGACCUCACUCAUUCCCUCCGCAACUCCCGAAGCCGGAGCCUCUACGACCGACGAUGCUACGGAUGUGAAUCGGUGGAGCCGAUCUUGGCGGGGUUAUCGAGUGCGGUUGAUACAGCUGCGGCGAUUGCGUCGAGUGUCGUCGAUCCAGUUGUCAGCGAUGUCACGAGCGUGGUUGACACAGCUACUUCGGCGGCUGUCUCGGUUGUCUCAGAGGUUGCUGAUACGGUCACGUCUGCGGUUGGUGAGGUGGUGAGCGACGCCAGCAGCGUGGUAGAUACCGCGACGAAUAUUGCUGCUGCGGCCGUGUCGGAGGCUGUGGAGACUGGUACAAGCGUUAUUGGGGACGUUACGAGUGACGUCG